AUGGAAGAUUGGACGACCGUCCCUAAAAAAUCACAUUCUUCUAGAGGGGGAAGAGGCCACAGAGCAGGUAGAUAUUCCAGAGGAAGAAGUGGUAGAGGAGAUAGAGAUAGUAGAAGAGACAGAGGGAAUAGAGGAGAAAGAGCAAGAACAGGCAGAGGCUUCAGAGGAGGAUUUCAGGGACCAAGAUUGACUCAUUUUAUUGCUAUACCUGUUGAAGAUGAAGGGGUUAUUGAGAACUUGGUAGAGUUGCAAGAGAGAUUAGCAGAAGAGUAUGAGGGAAUCUUGCAUCCUGGAUGGAUGAUGCCAUCUGGCAAGUUCCAUUUUACUCUAUUCGUAAUGUCCUUAAACAAUCAUGAAAAAGUUGAGGCAGCCGUACAAACUUUGAAUGAUCUUCAACCUAUCUUGUCAGAGAUCAUAAGCACAGCUAGUUUUACUCUAGAUCUUGAUGGAAUUGAUGCUUUUUCAGGAAGAGAUGGAAAGUCAGCAAGAGUUUUAUAUGCAAAGCUGAAGAAGGAUGAGAGUUAUACAUUACUAGAAAACAUAGCUGAUGUUGUUGUUAAAAAGUUUAUAGAGGAUGGGAUUAUUAAAGAAACUGACUUAGAUCACUAGAAAAUAAAUUCUGCAACUGGAAUGUAUGAUAUCAAGUUCCAUUUAACUCUUUUUAAUAUUAAAUACGCAAAGAUCAAAGAUGUAUUCUCUUUUGAUCCAACAGACAUCCUCAGCAGCUACGGAGAUCAUGAGCUUGGCACUUUCAAGCCUGACAGGGUCACAAUGUUUAAGAUGAAAUCAUCAGGAGGGAGGUAUGAUAUAGAACAUGAGAUA